CGGGGCCUGUGUGAUGACGUUCACAUGCUGGUUUAACUUCCUGCUUCAGACAACACGGCUCGCGCAGGCAGCUCGCGGACACGAACAGGAUGUGAGUCCAGAUCCACAACGAACCAGAACCAGACUGAGAGGAUGUCGACCAUCAGAACCCUGAUAGGGUCGGUCCUGCUGCUGCUGGGAAUACUGUAUGUCUACUUCUAUGCAUGGAGAUCCCCAAGGUCCAGUAAACAUCCAGAACCGGUCCAGUACCCAGUGGCGCCCCCUGUUGGCCGACUUUCUGCUGCAGUGAAUCACGUCUUCCACCUGGUGGCUCCUGAUCACCUGAAGUACAAGCAGCCGAGCAUCGUGAACGGCCGUACUGACGUGGUGACGCUGACGCCCUGGUUGGCUCCGGUGGUUUGGGACGGAACCUUUAACCCGGUUCUGUUGGACAGCAUCUACCAAUCAAAGAACAUCACCGUCGCUGCCACCGUGUUCGCUGUCGGAAAGUACAUCAGGUUCCUGAAGAAGUUUCUGGAGACGGCGGAACCGUACUUCUUCGUUGGUUUCAGAGUGAACAUCUACGUGUUCACCGACCAUCCGAAAGAUGUUCCACGAGUCCAGAUGGCUGGUGGCAGGAAGGUCGUGGUGCGUUCGGUGCCCAGCUCUAAUCGUUGGCAGGAGAUCUCGGCUCGCAGGAUGGAGCUGAUCCAGAACCUGAUUGAGGAGGUUCAUGACAGCGUUGAUUACAUCUUCUGUCUGGACGUUGACUCCGAGUUUCACGGCCGCUGGGGCAGCGAGUCUCUGGGGGGGCUGGUGGCAGUGAUCCAUCCAGGUUACUACAGAGAUGACCGCGGCCGGUUCCCCUACGAGCGCAGACCAGAGUCCAGAGCCUACGUGGCCGACGGGGAGGGAGAUUUCUACUACUGCGGGGGGGCGUUCGGGGGCCUCCUGCAGGAAGUGAGCCUGCUCGCCAAAACCUGCGACCUAAACUUCAAGGCUGACGCCAAGGAAGGUAUCGAGGCCGCCUGGCAGGAGGAGAGUCACCUGAACAGGUACAUGUGGAUCAACAAGCCCAGUAAGAUUCUGUCACCUGAGUAUCUGUGGCAGGACUUCAAACCCAGAAACCCGGAAGUCCGCAUCGUCCGCUUCUCUGGAGUCGUCAAGAACUACGCCGACAUCCGUCCCAACGUCUGAGAGUCCGGACUGAGCUGAGCCGGACUGAACCGGACUGAGGUGAGCCGGACUGAACCGGACUGAACCGGACUUAGCUGAGCCGGAAUGAACCGGACCUGCCUUUCACAGUGAGACUUUGAUCAGCUGCUCCAUGUUGUUUUUUAAGCUGUGAGAAACAUUAAGACACUGGAUCAUUAAUCUCGUCACAUUAUUUAAGUAAAAACUGAAGAGUUACAUUUUAUUAGCUCGCUGGCUACUUAUGCUAGCUCAUGUUCUCUAUUAAAGAAUGUUUGUCCAUGUUGUUGCUUAAUAAAAGUUAAAGAUGCUUAAACAUGUGAUGCUUAUAUGAAGCUUCAGCAGUCUGAGAGCUUCCUGCUGUUCAUACAGGGUAACCCUGACCCUAACUGUGAACUGUGAACUGGUCCUUUAAAUGAAACAUCUGAAACACCUCCGUUCAGUAAAGUUCAGGAUUUUUUAUUUAAAGUAAACAAAUGAAUGAAAAUGUGAGAAUCAUGUGACAGGAAACCGCAGGUUUAACUUAAUCUGGAACUGUUCCUUUAAAAACAAAUUUCACUGAAAUUAUGAAUCAAUUAUCAAGAGACAGAAAAAUAAUCAUGAUGUCGCUUUAAACUGAUUAUAAACUGAUUAUAAACUGAUCAAUAAUCAGCAGGUUUGUAAGUACGCCGUCCAAUCACAGCUGAGCCUCAGGUGUGACAUCAUCAGACUCAGGUGUGACAUCAUCAGACUCAGGUGUGACAUCACCAGACUCAGGUGUGACAUCACCAGACUCAGGUGUUACAUCAUCAGACUCAGGUGUGCUUUAAUCUAAUAAAAUUAUUUUUGCUAUGAAA